UUGAGCAGAAGCGCUUCCGGCAGCCUGGGACCACUAAUCCAAAAGCCAGUCUUCCGGGCCUGGCGCGACCCUCGCCUCGGGCCUUUCCGAGUCGUAUAGUCGCGCAGCCCAGCUCCUGCGAAGCGGCAGUGAAUAGUGCCUCCGUCCAGGUCCAGACCUCCUCGUCUCCCGGCUGCUCCGGGCAUCAGGAGACCCCAGGAUCCUGUGAUUGGCGCCUGUGCCUGCUGACCGUGACCGAGGAGCCCCGAGGGACCUGGACGUUCCUUGAGCUUGGUGCCUGUUCUUCGUCCUCUUUUCGGUCGGGGAUCUGGCAGUGGUCUUUGUCUUCUUCCAUAAUGCGUGGCAUUUGGUAAACAUUUGUUCAGCUUGAAGAGACAUAUGGGCAAUGAAUCUGGAAAGGGAGAACGUCUUUGGUCCUACAGCGUUGCUGACACUGACAUAUUCUAAGUCGUGUUGAACAGCCUACUUUUUAUGUCAAUAACUGGCCAGACUUCAUAUUUUUCUACUACAGAAGCCUAUAAGAGAUUUAAGACUUAAGAACACUGCUUUUGGUUAUCAAUACAUUUAACGUGAAAGUUCUUUCUUAUUCCAAAAUGUUGAGAUACUGGGGAGAGAUACCAAUCUCAUCAAGCCAGACCAACAGGAGUUCCUUUGAUUUACUCCCACGGGAGUUCCGUCUUGUGGAAGUCCAUGACCCACCCCUGCAUCAACCCUCAGCCAAUAAGCCCAAGCCCCCAACUAUGCUGGACAUCCCGUCAGAGCCAUGCAGCCUCACCAUCCAUACCAUUCAGCUGAUCCAGCACAACAGACGUCUGCGCAACCUCAUUGCCACAGCUCAGGCCCAGAGUCAGCAGCAGACAGAAGGCGUAAAGACUGAAGAGAAUGAACCUCUUCCCUCUUGCCCUGGGUCACCUCCUCUUCCUGAUGACCUCCUGCCUUUAGACUGUAAGAAUCCCAAUGCACCAUUCCAGAUUCGGCACAGUGAUCCAGAGAGUGACUUUUAUCGUGGGAAGGGGGAACCUGUGACGGAACUCAGCUGGCACUCCUGUCGGCAGCUCCUUUACCAGGCAGUGGCCACAAUCCUGGCCCACGCAGGCUUUGAGUGUGCUAAUGAAAGUGUCCUGGAGACCCUCACUGAUGUGGCACACGAGUACUGCCUUAAAUUCACCAAGUUGCUGCGCUUCGCUGUGGAUCGGGAGGCCCGGCUGGGGCAGACUCCUUUCCCUGACGUUAUGGAGCAAGUAUUCCAUGAAGUGGGCAUUGGCAGUGUGCUCUCCCUCCAGAAGUUCUGGCAGCACCGCAUCAAGGACUAUCACAGUUACAUGCUACAGAUUAGUAAGCAACUAUCUGAGGAGUAUGAAAGGAUUGUCAAUCCUGAGAAGGCCACAGAGGACACUAAACCUGUAAAGAUCAAGGAAGAACCUGUAAGUGACAUCACCUUCCCCGUCAGUGAGGAGCUGGAGGCUGACCUUACUUCUGGAGACCAGUCACUGCCCAUGGGAGUCCUCGGGGCUCAGAGUGAGCGCUUCCCAUCUAACCUGGAGGUCGAGGCUUCGCCACAGGCUUCAAGCACGGAGGUAAAUGCUUCCCCUCUUUGGAAUCUGGCCCAUGUGAAAAUGGAGCCUCAAGAGAGUGAAGAAGGCAACGUCUCUGGGCAUGGUGUGCUGGGCAGUGAUGUCUUCGAGGAGCCCAUGUCCGGGAUGAGUGAAGCUGGAAUCCCCCAGAGCCCCGAUGACUCAGACAGCAGCUAUGGUUCCCACUCCACUGAUAGCCUCAUGGGGUCCUCCCCUGUUUUCAACCAGCGUUGCAAGAAGAGGAUGAGGAAAAUAUGAAAGGAAAAGGGGAGAUGUUCUGUCCAGAUCCAUAAGACCCAACAGAAAACCUUGAUGUAUUCAAAUAUUUCCAUAAAAGGGGAUUUGACUCUUACUCUCAACCACAGAGCAAUUUCUGGCUUUCAGUGGAGAUGGAUUUAACGAAACAAGUUUGCAUUUUACUUUUACAUCCAGUUUUGUUGUUUUCCACAACGAAGCCAUCUUUUACAGACCGUUCAUGACACUGGGAUGAUAAUCAUCAGAGCACUGUCCCUGUCAUCCUUACCAUUGCACAGCUAAGAAGUACAUACUGGUUGGCCCUGUACUGCACGGAUAUUGUACAGAUUGAGAUUGUUAUCAGACCUCCAAGCUGUGCUUGCAAAGACUCACAAGUAAAUAUAUGCUGAUAUAUCA